AUGAAGUCCUUCAUCAGCGCCGCGACGCUUUUGGUGGGCAUUCUCACCCCUAGCGUUGCUGCUGCCCCUCCAUCCACCCCUGAGCAGCGCGACCUGCUCGUCCCGAUCACGGAGAGGGAGGAGGCAGCCGUGAAGGCUCGCCAGCAGAGCUGCAACACCCCCAGCAACCGGGCGUGCUGGACUGACGGAUACGACAUCAACACCGACUACGAAGUGGACAGCCCGGACACGGGUGUUGUUCGGCCGUACACUCUGACUCUCACCGAAGUCGACAACUGGACCGGACCUGAUGGCGUCGUCAAGGAGAAGGUCAUGCUGGUUAACAGACCAACAAUCUUUGCGGACUGGGGCGACACGAUCCAGGUAACGGUCAUCAACAACCUCGAGACCAACGGCACGUCGAUCCACUGGCACGGACUGCACCAGAAGGGCACCAACCUGCACGACGGCGCCAACGGUAUCACCGAGUGCCCGAUCCCGCCCAAGGGAGGGAGGAAGGUGUACCGGUUCAAGGCUCAGCAGUACGGGACGAGCUGGUACCACUCGCACUUCUCGGCCCAGUACGGCAACGGCGUGGUCGGGGCCAUUCAGAUCAACGGGCCGGCCUCGCUGCCGUACGACACCGACCUGGGCGUGUUCCCCAUCAGCGACUACUACUACAGCUCGGCCGACGAGCUGGUGGAACUCACCAAGAACUCGGGCGCGCCCUUCAGCGACAACGUCCUGUUCAACGGCACGGCCAAGCACCCGGAGACGGGCGAGGGCGAGUACGCCAACGUGACGCUCACCCCGGGCCGGCGGCACCGCCUGCGCCUGAUCAACACGUCGGUCGAGAACCACUUCCAGGUCUCGCUCGUCAACCACACCAUGACCAUCAUCGCCGCCGACAUGGUGCCCGUCAACGCCAUGACGGUCGACAGCCUCUUCCUCGGCGUCGGCCAGCGCUACGAUGUCGUCAUCGAAGCCAGCCGAACGCCCGGGAACUACUGGUUUAACGUCACAUUUGGCGGCGGCCUGCUCUGCGGCGGCUCCAGGAAUCCCUACCCGGCCGCCAUCUUCCACUACGCCGGCGCCCCCGGCGGCCCGCCCACGGACGAGGGCAAGGCCCCGGUCGACCACAACUGCCUGGACCUCCCCAACCUCAAGCCCGUCGUGGCCCGCGACGUGCCCCUGAGCGGCUUCGCCAAGCGGCCCGACAACACGCUCGACGUCACCCUCGACACCACGGGCACGCCCCUGUUCGUCUGGAAGGUCAACGGCAGCGCCAUCAACAUCGACUGGGGCAGGCCCGUCGUCGACUACGUCCUCACGCAGAACACCAGCUUCCCACCCGGGUACAACAUUGUCGAGGUGAACGGAGCUGAUCAGUGGUCGUACUGGUUGAUCGAGAACGAUCCCGGCGCACCUUUCACCCUACCGCAUCCGAUGCACCUGCACGGCCACGACUUUUACGUGCUGGGCCGCUCGCCCGACGAGUCGCCGGCAUCCAACGAGCGGCACGUGUUCGAUCCGGCGCGGGACGCGGGCCUGCUGAGCGGGGCCAACCCUGUGCGGCGGGACGUGACGAUGCUGCCGGCGUUCGGGUGGGUGGUGCUGGCCUUCCGGGCCGACAACCCGGGCGCCUGGCUGUUCCACUGCCACAUCGCCUGGCACGUCUCGGGCGGCCUGGGCGUCGUCUACCUCGAGCGCGCCGACGACCUGCGCGGGGCCGUCUCGGACGCCGACGCCGACGACCUCGACCGCCUCUGCGCCGACUGGCGCCACUACUGGCCUACCAACCCCUACCCCAAGUCCGACUCGGGCCUCAAGCACCGCUGGGUCGAGGAGGGCGAGUGGCUGGUCAAGGCGUGA